AUGGGUAAAGGAAGCAGAGAACAGUCCGUGAGUUUGGGACUUUUGGUGUCUCAACUGAGUAAAGAGCCGGCAUGGAGAAGAAAGGUGAUCAGUUCAGUUCCUCUUUCGCCUGAUGGUUCUCAGGCUCAGCAGCAGCAUCAGCUUCUUUUACCUCAGACUCCUCACCUGUAUUCGUUACUUGGCGAUGGAUUUGGAAAAGAGAUUUGA